CAACAUUGAGCAAGUCACACAGCGCGAAUGGUGGCGUUGUAUUUGUGAGCUGAACGUGUACACCGGAGCGUGUAGACUUUUGCGUAAAGUAAUUCGAUUUUAAUCAAUUAUUGUUUGCUGUUCGUCAUUAAAUAAUUAACUUUUAAUUCUGGAGUGAGGUCUUGGAAAUUGUGCGUGAAAAAUCUUUCGGAAGUUUCAACUUGUCGACAUCAUCAAGUUAGAGGCUCAACAUGGUAAUUAUUCGCCACUUGGCCGUUCCCUUGACAGGGAUACGAUUUCAAGACGCUAAUGUUGAAGCCUUACUGGGAGACGAGAUUCUUGGCAAGGGCACUCUUUACAUUACAGAGGAACUCAUCAUGUGGCUGAAGGAGACUGGGGGCGAAGGUUUUACAAUUCAGUACAAAAAAAUGACACUCCAUGCAAUCUCUAGGGAUCCAAAUGUUCAUCCGAGAAAUUGCCUUUAUGUUAUGAUUAACGGAACUUUGGAUGCUAACGAUGCCGGGGAAGGCCCACCAUCUCCCACGUAUGACGACGGCGACGAGGAUGACACUACUGAAGUCAGAUUCGUCCCAGAAACCAGUUCAAGACUUGACGAAAUGUAUAAAGCUGUUCAAGACUGUACUUUACUUCAUCCCGAUGCAUCCAGCGAUAUGAGCGAGUCUGAAGAUGAUGACAUCGAAGAAGAAGAUCUCGUGGGGGGUGAUGCCUCCCCUCCUCUUCUUCUGGGAAUGGGUGGUGGACGCAUCAUUCACAGACGUCAAGAAGAACAAGAGCUACAGUUGGGGUUGGGUGCCCUACAACAGCAUUUUGGAGAUCGUCUCAUAUUUGAACACCGACCCGGAGGGUCCAAUGGAAAUGCCCCCUCUGCUCCAAUCCAACCAACGCCUGAACAACUCAUGGAAAUGUAUGCCGAGGAUGAAGAGGAAGGUGACGAGGCUGGAAAUUAAGACUCCAAGUUGAAGAUAUAUGAUUAUUUCCAAUGUUAUAGUAUAAGUCUCUCUUGUAGUAAUUAAAUAUUCAUCAAGGGGUGACUACUGAACCCUUAAAGUUAUUUCUGCAAUUUAUUUAAAUUUAUAACUGAAAUAAAUCUGUUUAUUAUCAAUGUUUAUCAUCAA